AUGGGAAAUCAAGAAGUGCCUGGGAUCACGAGAGAAUUCAGCGAAGGUGUACAAAGUAGGGGCUUCAAGGUCAUUUACGGUGAUCAAGACAUGACUAUUAUCAACGAAGUAGUCAGUGAAGCCGAAAAAAGCAGUAUGCUUAAGAAGAAAGUCAAUUUAAAUGAAGCUAUAAAGCCCUUACCAGCUCAAGACGUCAAGUGCUUGAUGUCCGUCGAUCGGUAUUGCAGCAAGGAAAUGGGAUUAAUUAAAAGUGUACUGAUUCAAGCUGUUAAAGAAGACUGCGCUAAAUGUUCGGUAGAACAGAAGGACCAAGCUGGGAAAGUAAUUGCGUCGAUGAUGGCUCAUGAUCCAGUUGCAUGGAAAGUUUUCCUCACCAGAUCUGCACUUCAAAUAAAACCAAGAGAAAAACCUAAAAAACGUGAAGAGAUUCAUUUGAAAGUUGUAGGUGAACCAGAAGACGUAAUACGGUCUCCCAGUAAAAGUUACAUUAUGCCUGGAGUGCAGAAGAAGAAUAAUAUGCGAAUUUGUGUGUGUUUAGUUAAAGACGAAAUAAAAGUUAUUGAGGAAAGGAGGCUACCUGAGCUACUAUGGAGAAAGAAGCAGGUGGAGAGCCUGAGGAAACUAUUCUCCACACGAAUUAGCCACACCAAGAGGAGGCACUAUGGGCCUCAUGAAUCGCUUAAGGAUCUCUGGUCUCUCUCUCUGAUCUCUCACCCUGAGAGCCAUUAG